UAUAAUUUAAACAAAAUAGAAAUAUGAGUGAAAAAUAACUAAAAAAAAUUAUUUAAAAUUUAUAAUAAUUUACCAAAAAAAAAUUGAUAUUAUGUGAAAUGUUAAUAAUUUAAAGUACAAAGCAAAAGUAAUUCUUUAACAGCAGAAAUAAAAAUUUGUUAAGAAAAUUUUAUUUAUAUAAAAAGAAAGCUCUUAGGAAGUGGAUUUAGCAAUUAUGUGGAACAACAGCGAAAUUAAAUAUACAAUUUUUUCGAAUUUUCAUCAGCCCACAAAUACAAAAUCUCAAAAACGGAUUAAAUAUUUAAAUUAUAAGACACAAACAUUUAACACCUCAUUCCAAACACAACAAGCCUUAAACCAAAUGGGUAGCACAAGUUCAUCAUAUUCCACCAUUUGCAGUAGCAACACAGAGGUAACAACAACUGCAACCACCAACACCACCACCAGAUCGCUGCCAUGUACGUGUAGCGGUAAAAACACAAUCAAAGCGACAACGCUAUACAACCACAAAACAUCUUCAAUAUCCACCACACUACUGCUGGCCAUCAUACUGCCACUAAUAUACACCAAAAAUAUAUUGAUGGUUACAGCAGCACCCUCCCACCAAAGUAAUACACCCACAUUACCGGAAGCAGCAUCGCUGGUCACGAAGGCGGUCAGCUCUAAUUCAUUAAAUUCCACCGUUUUAGGGGCAAUGGAACUGCAAAAUAUUAAAAUCAAUUCUGUACAGCAGACGCCACAACCAGUUGGUGUAGUGUCCACACCACAUCCGGAGCAUAGUAGAGCUUUAAAGAAGGCCUGGCUAUCGAAUCGUACUAUAGUUUGUAAUGAUGGUACAGCGGCGGGUUUUUAUUUGCGUAAAAAUCCUAAUUCCAAAAAAUGGAUUGUCUUUCUGGAAGGUGGCUGGCAUUGUUAUGAUAAGAAGACAUGUCGGGCUCGAUGGAAUAGACUGAGACAUCUGAUGACUUCCACCGAUUGGCCAGAAACUCGAGAUGUUGGUGGUAUUUUAUCCGCUUCUCCCGAAGAAAAUCCCUACUGGCAUAGUGCCAAUCAUGUAUUAGUACCCUACUGCAGUAGUGAUUCCUGGUCUGGCACUAAGGAUACUUUUGAAUCUACAGAUUUUAACUUUCGUUUUAUGGGUGCUUUGAUUUUAAAACAAGUUAUAGCCGAUCUUAUACCCAUGGGCCUGGGACGAGUACCAGGAGCCGAACUUUUACUAGUGGGAUCUUCGGCAGGCGGUUUGGGUGUUAUGUUAAACUUGGAUCGCAUAACCAACUAUUUACAGCAGGAACGUAAUCUGCAAGUUACCGUUAGAGGAGUCAGUGAUUCCGGUUGGUUUUUGGAUAGAGAACCCUAUACGCCCUCAGCUGUGGCCUCUAGUGAUGCUGUAAGACAGGGCUGGUCUCUGUGGAAGGGACUACUGCCAGAAACCUGUGUAGAGCAACAUAAAUCAGAACCCUGGCGUUGUUAUUUUGGCUAUAGACUUUAUCCCACUUUGAAAGCUCCCUUGUUUGUUUUCCAAUGGCUGUUCGAUGAAGCUCAAAUGAGAGCCGAUAAUGUAGCUGCCCCCGUAACUCCUCACCAAUGGAAUUAUAUACACGCCAUGGGAGGAGCUUUACGUUCUUCUUUGGACAAUGUUACCGCAGUUUUCGCUCCCUCCUGCAUAGGACAUGCAGUACUCUCAAAACGGGAUUGGACCACUUUAAAAAUCGAUGAUAUUUCUCUGCCCACCGCUUUAAGAUGCUGGGAACAUUCGACAAGACCACGCAAAAAGCGUCAUGAUAAAUUGAAAAGAUCCACUGAAGCCACCAUCACCCACAAGGACAAUAACAAGAGAAGACAUGAGAAACAGCACAAAGACAAACAACGCGAUAAGAAAAAGAAGAACAAUAAUAGCAACAAUAACAAUAAUGGAGAGAAAAAACGUCUGACAAAAGCCGAAAGAGAAGAACGCAAGCGCUUACGACACGAACAACAAAAACGUAGAGAAGAAAGACGUAAUCGUCGUAAGAACAAUAUGGUGGCCUUUCCUGAGAGUAAUCUAACCAAUUCCUUACGUUUAAAUGAAAACUCCACCGAUGUUCAGGAAUCGGAAAACCAAACUCAGCAGCAACGUAAGCAAAACAAACGUAAACGUAACGAAUUGGAAAAACAAAAGCGUCAACAAAAUAAACAAAAGAAACGUCAACGCAGAAGAAAAGAGCACAACUCCGUGGAUGCUCAACAGCCCGAGAGAGAACUGCAAAAAGAACAGCCCUUGGUAGAAAAGCGUGCCAAUAGUGCCAAUAAAAUCAAUAGACGCAGUGGUGUACCACGUGUACCGGAAAGAUGUUCUUUGCGGCUUUUGGAACGUUGUAGUUGGCCCCAAUGUAAUAAUUCCUGUCCUACCCUAACAAAUCCUGUGACCGGAGAAGAAAUGAGAUUUCUAGAAUUAUUGGCUUCUUUUGGUCUGGAUAUUGAAGCUGUGGCAGCAGCUUUGGGCGUGGACAUGCAAACUCUUAACAAUAUGGAUCGCACCGAACUGGUGAACAUGUUAACGCAACAGGUCAGCUGAUCAAAAGAUUAUACUCGAACUAGGAGUAGAGAAUAGUAAAGCUCCUAAGGGAAAAUCAUUCCAGCAAAGCAUUAUGAAAUUAAGACAAAGAAAGCUUUUAAAGAGAGAGAGAGAGGUAGAGAAUGGAAAUUUUUACUAAAAAUUUAUGUUACCAAACUCUUAAAACCCUUAAAGCUUUUUAACAGACUAACUAGCCUUGUGAGAAUAUUACCUAGUAAUCUCUUAACAAAUUUAAAAACAAAAACAAAAAGUUGUAAAUAUUGUGAAUAACUGUCCUAAAUUUUAAGUACUUAAAAGUUCAAAUUAGUUUUAUAAGUUAUAGUGUAAGCUUUAACAAUUAGAAAAAAGGAAAACAAAGUAAAGAGGCUUUAAGCUUAAGGAAGUUAAAAUGAAAGCUUAGAUUUUAAAAGAAAGAAAGCUUAAUAGUUGACAUUAUCGGUUAUACAAUGUCACAGCUUUCAUGCAAAAGUCAAAAUUCGAUUAUUGUAAUUAAAGCUUUUAGAAUUUCAAAGCUUUUUAAGUCUCUUUACAAUGAAAAUUUCUAAAAUUUCUUACUAAAACUGUGUUGUAUAAAUGUAUAUUUACUCUUUACUUUAAACAGGGGUAUUUAAUGAUUCUAUAACUAUAAAAAUAAUAAUAAUUAAAAACAAUUUACAAUUAUUAUAAACCCUUUAUUAAGCUUAUAACACAAAAUGCAACACACAAGACUGUUAUUGUUACAAUAUUUUAAAUUAAAAAAAAACACACACAUACACAAUUUUAACUAAAUAAUAAUUAUAAUUAUUUUGUUCAGUAUAGAAUUGAAAAAAAAAAAUACUCUUAAGAUAUGGUUUCUUUGCAACAAAUAUUGGAAAUUUGUGGAACCAAAUUAUAUGGCAGGAAACCAUAUCUUUAAACCCAUAAAUACAUCCAUAUACUGACAUUAAUUCAUAUACAUACAUACUUAAAUAUUUACAUACAGUUUCAAAACCUACCUCAUCUAUUUAAUAAUAAUAAUAAUUGUUGUUGAUUUUGUUUUAUUUUUAAUAGUAAUAUAUUAUAUUAAACAAACACUAAUCCAUCCUUUUUAUUAGAUUUAGUAAAUAUCUUAAAAUACUUAGCAAAAAGCUUAAUCUUUAGUUCACAGAGAUUUAUUUCAUCUAACAAUAACUAGUAAAAGCAUACAAGCUAUUGAAAAGCUACUACAAAGCUUUUAAAUUUCAUUAUCACUAGCAAAUAAAAUAUUUAUAUUGACAAACCACAUCCUUCCAUAUUUAUUUAUUAAAAGCUAUAAAAAGCCCUUAAAAUAAAAUCAAAAAAAUUAUUAAUCAACAGUAACAAAUAUUUUGUACCUGUAUUAAUUACUUAUUAUUACUUAUUUUACAUUCAAAUAAUUUAACACAAAUCCAAUCCAAUCAAUUAA